GGCAGGCAGCAGCGGUGGUGAAGGAACGAGGGUGCACGGGGCCUCCCCGAGGGGCCAAGGGAGAGGCAGGCAGCCACUAUGGAGCUCUGGCGACAGUGCACCCACUGGCUGAUCCAGUGUCGGGUGCUGCCUCCCAGCCACCGUGUGACCUGGGAGGGGGCCCAGGUGUGUGAGCUGGCACAGGCACUGCGGGAUGGUGUCCUCCUGUGUCAACUGCUUAACAACCUGCUCCCCCACGCCAUCAAUCUGCGGGAAGUUAACUUGCGGCCCCAGAUGUCCCAGUUCCUUUGUCUUAAGAACAUCCGAACCUUCCUGUCUACUUGCUGUGAGAAAUUCGGCCUCAAGCGCAGCGAACUCUUUGAGGCUUUUGACCUCUUUGAUGUGCAGGACUUUGGAAAGGUCAUCUACACCCUGUCUGCCCUGUCAUGGACACCCAUUGCCCAGAACAAAGGGAUCAUGCCCUUCCCAACAGAGGACAGCGCCCUGGGCGAUGAAGAUAUUUACAGUGGCCUUUCAGACCAGAUUGAUGACACCGCAGAGGAAGAUGAGGACCUUUAUGACUGCGUGGAGAAUGAGGAGGCAGAGGGGGACGAGAUCUACGAGGACCUAAUGCGCUCGGAGUCGGUGCCCACACCUCCCAAGAUGACGGAGUACGAUAAGCGCUGCUGCUGCCUGCGGGAGAUCCAGCAGACUGAGGAGAAGUACACAGACACACUGGGCUCCAUCCAGCAGCACUUCAUGAAGCCCCUCCAGCGAUUCCUCAAGCCUCAAGACAUGGAGACCAUCUUUGUCAACAUUGAGGAGCUGCUCUCUGUGCACACCCACUUCUUAAAGGAACUGAAGGAUGCCCUGUCUGGCCCGGGAGCAAUGAUGCUGUAUCAGGUCUUCAUCAAGUAUAAGGAGAGGUUCCUUGUUUAUGGCCGUUAUUGCAGUCAGGUGGAGUCAGCCAGCAAGCACUUGGAUCAAGUGGCCACAGCACGGGAGGAUGUGCAGAUGAAGCUGGAGGAGCUAGUGAAACACACACAGGAUACUACAGAAAAGGAGAACCUGCGGUUGGCCCUGGACGCCAUGAGGGACCUGGCGCAGUGUGUGAAUGAGGUCAAGAGGGACAAUGAAACCCUACGGCAGAUCACAAACUUUCAGCUGUCCAUUGAGAACCUGGACCAGUCUCUGGCCAACUAUGGCCGGCCUAAGAUUGACGGUGAGCUCAAGAUUACCUCCGUGGAACGUCGCUCCAAGACAGACAGGUAUGCCUUCCUGCUGGACAAAGCACUGCUCAUCUGUAAGCGCCGCGGGGACUCUUAUGACCUUAAGGCCUCAGUGAACCUGCACAGCUUCCAAGUUCGGGAUGACUCUUCCGGGGAGCGGGACAACAAGAAGUGGAGCCACAUGUUCCUUCUGAUUGAGGAUCAAGGUGCCCAGGGGUAUGAGCUGUUCUUCAAGACUCGGGAGCUAAAGAAGAAGUGGAUGGAACAGUUUGAAAUGGCCAUCUCCAACAUCUACCCAGAAAAUGCUACAGCCAAUGGACAUGAUUUUCAGAUGUUCUCCUUUGAGGAGACCACUUCCUGCAAGGCCUGCCAGAUGUUACUCAGGGGCACAUUCUACCAGGGAUAUCGCUGUUACAGGUGCCGUGCACCCGCACACAAGGAGUGUCUGGGAAGGGUGCCUCCAUGUGGCCGUCAAGAUUUCUCAGGAACCAUGAAGAAGGACAAGCUACAUCGAAGGGCCCAGGACAAGAAAAGGAAUGAAUUGGGUCUUCCUAAGAUGGAGGUGUUUCAGGAAUACUACGGGAUCCCUCCUCCUCCCGGAGCCUUUGGACCAUUUCUGCGGCUCAACCCUGGGGACAUUGUAGAACUCACUAAGGCAGAGGCUGAACACAACUGGUGGGAGGGAAGAAAUACAGCUACGAAUGAAGUCGGCUGGUUUCCCUGUAACAGAGUUCGUCCCUACGUCCACGGCCCUCCCCAGGACCUGUCUGUGCACCUCUGGUAUGCGGGCCCCAUGGAGCGAGCAGGCGCCGAGGGCAUCCUCACCAACCGCUCUGAUGGGACCUACCUGGUGCGGCAAAGGGUGAAAGACACAGCGGAAUUCGCCAUCAGCAUUAAGUAUAAUGUGGAGGUCAAGCAUAUUAAAAUCAUGACGUCAGAGGGGUUGUACCGGAUCACAGAGAAGAAGGCUUUCCGGGGCCUCCCGGAACUGGUAGAGUUUUAUCGGCAGAAUUCCCUAAAAGAUUGCUUCAAGUCGUUGGACACCACCUUGCAGUUUCCUUACAAGGAACCUGAGAGGAGAGCCAUCAGCAAGCCGCCGGCUGGAAGCACCAAGUAUUUUGGCACUGCCAAAGCCCGCUACGACUUCUGUGCCCGGGACCGAUCAGAACUGUCCCUUAAGGAGGGUGAUAUCAUCAAGAUCCUCAACAAGAAGGGACAGCAAGGCUGGUGGCGUGGGGAGAUCUAUGGCCGGAUUGGCUGGUUUCCCUCUAACUAUGUGGAGGAAGAUUAUUCUGAGUACUGCUGAGCCCGAUGCCCUGCAGGACACAGAGAGAGGCAGAUGAUGGCUGAGCCUGGGAUGCCAGCAGGGUUGAGGGGCCGUGAGCUGUCCUCAUUGGCAGAGGAUCUGGAUGGAGCUCAGACGGCGAGUGGCCAGCUAGCAGGGUUCCCAGGAUGAAGCCCAGAGAUGGUUAAUUUAUAGCACACUGAUUUUCUCCAGUCCUCCAAGAAAGCUGAUUCUAAUAAAGUGAGGACAGCAGGAACUGGUGUGCUCCAGACUGACUGUAAGGGGAGCCUCAGGGAGGGUGCACACUGACGAAAGUCCACUCAGCAGUGCCCUCCUUGUGUCAAGGCCUCUUUUCUCCAACUUUUACAGGACAGGUUGAAGAAGACCUGGGAUUCCUACCUACCAGAAAAGAGUGCUGUGUUUGCAGGGUCUGGAAUACAGAAAUCAAGUCUACACCUCUCCCCCCCUUCCUUUUUUGUCCUUGAUGCCAAGGAUGAACUUCAUGACCUCAGCACGAUAGGAAGACACACUACUGCUGAGCCCCUCACUGGGGGAUUCUGGGUGGGGCUCCACCCCUGACCUGACCCCAGCCCUUAUUGUGUGAUUCCAGGGGCAGGGGAGAGCUCUACUACUGUGCCACACUCCCAGUCACUUUAAAAUCUUCGAGACAGGGUCUUACUAUAUAGACCAGACUGACCUUGAACUUACUGAAGCCCAGGCUGGCCUUCAACUGGUCAUUCUCCUGCCUCAGCUUUCAUAUAAUAGAAGUUAAUGUUUUGAGUUCUUCCCUUCUGCAUUAUGCUGAAUAAGGGGAAAAAUUUCAAUAUAUGCUCUUCAAAAAUAUAGUUUGAAUCCUAUAAACCGUGGCUCUGGUGUACUGAGGCAAUAGCCGGCUCUCCUCUGCCAUCUUGCUUCCUGUGGAGACAUUGCUUACAUCAGGCCCCUUCUUUGCCUGCCAGGCAGAACAACCACACUUCGGUUUACCCAGAAUCGUUUUGCCUGCUGCUCUGGUGUUAUUAAUCGUGAUCUGUGUCCUACUUUGAUUUUUGUUGCUGUGGCAAAUGACCUGACCUAAUGCUACUCGCGGAGGCAAAGAUUUGCCUUUGGCUACACUGUCAGCGUCACUUCCACCACUGACGGAGGUCAGGACAGGAGCUGCAUCAGGAACACGCACAGGCCCUGGCAGAUUGCUCUUACUGGCUCUCUCUCUGCUUUAUCCUCAGCUGCCUUUCUCUCUUAUUAAUAAAGUUUUUAUUUACUUUAUAUCCAGA